AUGGCGGCCUGUGGACCAACGAAGAGUCUUCGCUUCAUUUUCGUCCUCGCCCUAGCCUUCGUAUGUCUGUCCUCUCUCCACGCGGCAGCUGCAUCGGGCCGUCCUGGUGACCCCAAGAUCGACACGAAUGCGGCUCUUCAGCCCCCCCGCAGACUGGCGGAACGUUACGACAUGGCGACUGCUGCAAAUUCGGUGAACCUGGACAAGGCGCGCGGCUUGGAGGAGGAGGAGGAAUUACCCUCCCACUUGGGGGAAGGGGCUGACGUGUCUGCAAAAUCGGCGAACCCGGACAAGGCGCGCGGUGGCGCGGCGGAGGAGGAAGAGGGCUCCCAUUGGGCAAUUGGGGCUACCACGAAAGACCGCGCGGUAGUAACCCCGCGAGUAACAGUGCGGCUGAUUGCGUGGCUGAACCCGUGGCUGGCUCAAAGUCAGGAGGAGGAUAUUUCAGCGGCUGGACGAAGGGACUCAAUUGCGCACGAAACGAUAACCACGAACAGCCACGAGGCGCUGCUGAAUGCGGGUGCGGGGUUCGCCGUUGGCGGAGUGGCUGGGGCACUGGUGGCGGGCGGCGGAACGUAUGCGCACGGCGCACACGCCGCCGCGAUGCGGAAGAUGGGAAAGAUUGGUUCAGGGGUCGCUGUAGUACCGCACCUGCCAGUGCUGGAGCACCCACAGCCGUAA